GGAGAUAGGGCGCAAACAACUUUAUGUUUAUACAUUAAAAAAAAACUUUAUGUUUCUUUUCAUAUUGCAGGAUUUGUGUGUUUUUUUAAAAGAAAAUGAUAGAGAUUAAGCUUAAAAUAUAUAGUUCAACUAAACCUUCUUUUAUAACUAUGAAGUUUUGAACCUUUAGUCUAUACUUUUCUUAUAAGAUGAAGGCCCUAAAAAGAAUCUAGUACUAAUUGAAAAUAAUUGUGGUGGAUCCAUAACUUUCAAUCAUCACAUCAAGUAGCAUUACACUCGAAUUAGUUUUAGUAUAAUCAUAGAGAAUCUUAAAUAUUAGAAAAAUAUACCAAGACCCUAACCCUCAACCAUUAAAUUAUUUGUUUGUGUUGUUCAAAAACCCUAAAUCACCAACCAUUAAAUUAUUUGUUUGUGUCAUUUUUUUUUAUUACAUUUGAAAAGGAAAACAAUGGUUAUAUGUAAGAACGUCAUGAUGACCUUAUUAAACGAGAAAGAUAGAACUUUCUCGGACAUAACUAACUCCUGACACAUCCCUCAAGUCUCAAGUGUAUAUAUAUACACAGAGUUAGAGAGCUACUUGAAACCUUCAUCUCAGCUUCUACGAUUCAAAAAAACACAAAGCUAAGUCCAAUGGCGGAAACUACUGUAACUGUCGUAGCGACCAAACGCGAUGCUCUAGACCCUUACAUCAAGAUCAUUCAAAGUCGGUCCCUCGACAUCGAUGUCUCCUUCUCCUCAUACCUCAAGCCAGACAACAACGAACAAAAGGAGCAACAAGAAGAUACGGAGAUAAGCAUAUUCGAAGCUCGAAGAUACUUUAGCGAAAGCGGAAGCAACGAUAGAUCCAAAUCUACGAAUCUUAGUGGUCCAAGAUUCUCUUCGGCUUCAUCUGCUAAAGUCUCUUCCUUUACCGUGGGACAUACGGCAUCCUCCGAAGCUAGCUGGAACAGCCAAACCGGUUUGCUCCGUAACAACAACCGACAAGGAUCGGACCAUGACGGACGUGGAAGCAGCAAGAAAGGCCCCAGGUGGUUUUUCAGACGCAGGACUUGUCCCUGUUCUAGCUCCAAGUCGGUCCAGGUCCAAGAAACCAAACCAAGAAUUGCAGAGUUUAAAACCGGUUCUGACCGAACCGUGUCUAUCGUUCAUCAUAAUCAUCAGAGGAUAUCGUCGUCUGAUCCGAUUAGACUAACGAUCCCUUCAAACAAUGUGACCCGGACCAUAAAUUACGCGGGAAACAGUAGAGAAUCUUCAGUUCCGGUUAGUAAUUUUAGCUUCCCGACUCUGAACCCGAUUAAACCGGAUUUGAAUCGAACCGAACCGGUUCUGCAUCCGAUUAAACCGGUUUUGAACCCAACGAGUCCCAAGGGAGUUACUACUACAGACGAAGAAGCCGCGAGCGACGCCAGCUCCGACCUCUUCGAGAUAGAGAGCUUCUCUACUCAGCACAUAUCUCGUCCCUGUGCUCCACCACCACCAGCUGAUCUCGUCAGAAACUCGGUAGACGAGACAGCGACAGAGUACGGUUACGAGCCGAGCGAAGCAAGUGUCACUUGGAGCGUUACGACCGCGGAACCGGUCUCGGUAGCGGCGGCUAGCUUCUCAAGAAUCAACUUAUCGCAGCCGUCGCUGACAUUUGGCGGCGGUUGCGAUAAGAAGAGAACGGCGUUGUUAGACUGUCGUUGUGAGAAAGCGGUUAUGGUUAGUGGCGGUCAGCGUUUGGUUCAGCCGCUUAAGAACGUUAGCGUUCAGGAUGACGUCAUGCAAAAGGUGUUGUGCAACAAUGGCAGCUCUACACUAAAAAUGUUGAAUAAUAAAUCGUCGUUUCUGGUUUAGGACCGGUUUAACUACUCCACUCUCUUGGUGUUUUGUGUGUGUGUUCUCAUGUAAAAUUGCUUUGUUUUUUUUUCUCGAACAUGUGUACUUUUAAGUUUAUGAGUUUAACAAAACCAACGUGAAUAAAAAAUAUUAAUUCCAGCGUUA